GCCGAUGGCCGGCAAAGGCUUAUCCAGUCUCAAGUACGUAAUUUGGUUGGAGUUUGGAGCCAUGGUCGCCUCCUCCUCCUCCUCCCCACCAGCCCUUCUACUUCUCCGUCCCGGCACCGCCACCAAACACCCCCACUCCCUCUCCAUCACCAGCACUUCAACCCCAUUUCCACCCACCACCAAUCCCAACCCCUCCCUCAUCGCAGUCCGCCGACGAGAGGCCUCCGCCGCCCUCGCCGGCUUCCUCCUCUCCCGACUAAUUCUUGAUCCCACCGCCCUCCUCCUUGCCCCUCCCGCAGUCGCCGCCGCCGAAGUUCCUCCCGUCUCUCCCCCGUGCUCGCUCACCGUCGCCCCCUCCGGCCUCGCCUUCUGCGACCGCGUCGUCGGCACCGGCGCCGAGGCCACCAAAGGCCAGCUCAUCAAGGCGCAUUAUGUGGGGAGAUUGGAGAACGGGAAGGUGUUCGACAGCAGCUAUGACCGCGGCCGGCCGCUUACGUUUCGCGUCGGUGUUGGGGAGGUCAUUAAAGGCUGGGAUCAGGGUAUUUUAGGUGGUGAUGGGAUUCCACCUAUGCUUGCUGGUGGUAAGCGCACAUUAAAGCUUCCUCCAGAGCUAGCUUAUGGUAUGAGAGGUGCAGGUUGUAAAGGAGGUUCUUGCAUUAUUCCACCGGAUUCUACUCUUCUUUUUGAUGUCGAAUUCAUUGGCAAGGGAUAAGCUGCUGCAUGCUGCCAUCCUUUAAAUGGAAAGGAACUCUCGCAUAAGCUCACAUGCAUAUGGGAAGAGAGUUCAUCUGAAAAAAUAACCUUACAUCCAGCAUCUACUCCUUUUUACAACAGAUAUUAUGACAACAGAUGGAGCUGCUAGCAAAAUAUAUAUUACUACUUUGUAAAGAAAUGGUUUUAGAGAAGGCAAAUUGUGAAGGCUGGCAGGCCACCAACAGAGUCAUAUUCUUCUGUCACUGAAUUCCAAGUAUUUUUUGAGUGAAUGUUUCCUAAGUAUUAAUAUACUCUUUGCAUGAUUAU